AUGGACACGGAGGAAGAACAUGUUGUGCCCCCUUGGUUAGAACAAAACUGGGAACGACUAGAAGAAGUGAGGAAGAAGUUAACUGGUGGAGCAGUUAACAAAGGUUCAAGGCCUAAAAUACAAAAAAUUCCUCUGUACAUGGCUGAAAGGAUGGAGUUUAGAAGAUAUUAUGAACCACAACUAAUAUCCUUUGGUCUAUAUCAUCUAUCAAAACAACAACUGCUUCAAGGGAAGCCAUAUAAGGAUUUAUGGACAGCAAUGUAUCUUCAGCAUACUAAUCAACGGGUGAGGGACUUACAUUUCAGAAUUCUUCGACACGAUUGGAGGCCGUUGUAUCAAUAUGUUGAAUUAUCCAGAGACAGUGAUACCCGGGAAACGAUUUCUGUAUACGGCAAUCCCAGAAGCAAAGAUGACUUUGUUGCAGGUGUGCUGGUAUUGGAUGGAUGUUCUGUACUUGAAUUGCUGGAAAAAUCAGACUGCUCAGUUGAUUCAGAGCAAGAGCUAAAGAUUAGCAUUGACAAGCUUGUGAGGGUGCACCAAGAUCUGCUUGUCAUGGACAACCAAAUUCCUUUCCAAGUUCUCAGGCUCUUGUGUCAGGAUGAAGCCAGGCUCCAAAAAUGCCUCGAAAACUUCCUUCGAGUGCACGGUAUUGAGACAACACCCAAGCUUGGCAAAGGGAAACUAUGUUUUGGAAUGGAAAAGGAGAAUAACGGCACACAAAGUGGACAACAAGAAGCGCAAGAGAUUGAGGUAAUUGUCCAGGGAGAUGACCAACAAGACAAAGAUGAAGACAAAGACGAGCCAAUCCAUCUUUUAGAUUAUCUGCGGAAGGCCUUAUUGAUGAGAGACUGCAACACAAUCCAUAAGGAGAUCGUGAUCAAGAUCAAGAGGAGAUCCCUGCACCUCAGGAAGUAUCGAAUUGGGACCAUACGGGAGCUCAAGGCAGCCGGGAUUCAUGUCAGAAAACUUUCCAACAACGACUCAGUCUUCCCCAGCUUCAAAGAUGGGAUGCUGCAGCUUCCAGAACUCAUAGUGGAUGGCUCAACGGCUCAUAUCUUCCUCAACCUUGUAGCCUAUGAGAUGUGUCCUGAUUUUCGAAACCACUUUGAGAUCAGCUCAUUUUUAGUCUUCAUGAGCUCUCUCAUUGAUCAGCCGGAGGAUGUGAAGGAACUCAGAUUAGCUGGCAUAAUUAUCAAUGAACUUGCCAGUGACAAAGAAGUAGCAGAUCUGUUUAAUAAGAUGGACAGCAUUCUUGUACCUGAGACACCAUUGUUCGCCCACGUUAGAGACCAGAUCCAUUCACAUUUUGAGUCCAAAAGAGGCAGGAUCACAAUGUUGUCUUGGAUGGGAGAGGCCUCUAACACCUUUUUUCGCUCGCCGUGGACCAUCAUCGCCUUGCUUGCUGCCACUCUUGGUCUUGUUCUUACAUUCAUCCAAACAUGGUUUGCUAUCCACCCUAAAGCUUCAUAA